AUGAGAAUCUCUGUCAAAACAUUGUCUGGCGAGACGAACACUUUUGAAGUCGAACCUUCGCUUAGCAUCAAAAAUGUGAAGAUUUUGCUAAAUGUGCACAACAAGCUUGUCAAAGGUACAUGGUGUCCCCCAAACGAACAUCGGCUGAUAUUCGCAGGACGACAACUUGACGAGAACCAUACUCUGUCUAGUUACGGAAUCCAAAACGAAGGUGUACUCCACGUGGUACUUCGCUGUCAUGGUGGUGGUGAGGCUGUAACUCCGGCAUCGCCUCAUGCAUCUAACAAUAAGCAAGAAGCGAUCGAAAAUUUGCUCACAUGCUGCAUUUGUUAUGAACGUUACAAGUUGGCAAAUCUUUUCAAGCUUUACAUAUUCUUUGAAGUUGAAUCAAAAUUUCGAAUUCACCUGAAUCAGGAAUGA